AUGUUCGUAGUCUCUUACAAAAAUGUAGUAUAUUGGAGCGCGAAACUGGUGCCGUUGAAGAAGCCGAACGAAGCCAACAGAGGGAAUUCGCUGAAGCUAGGCCUAGCAAAAGCAUGCGCGGUGUUGGAUGUAGUGGUACGCCGAGUAGAUGUUGAGGUGUACGAGUAUGCAAGGUACAGCACCCAUGACUGCCGAAACCUCUCCACUGUUCCAGCUUAUGACCCGGAGCUCCUCAAGCCAUACGCCUCGAUCGAGUGA